AGAGAAAGUAUUUUGUUUACAUUUAACAGGUUGCAUGCACACCAGAGCCGGGAUGAGGGCAUUUGGCGGACCACCUGCGUUAGUUACUCCGGGCUACGAGAGAUGAAAGAACUACAUUUCCCAGAGAUCUUUGCGGAAGUAAACGGAUACAGGUGCUGGAGAAGGCAGGAUGUACAAACAAACCCCAGCCUCUACUCCUGUCUCCAAAAACUUACCAACCUCUCGGAGCCCUUCUAAAUACUGUGAUAUUUCUGGGACAAGAUCUCCUAAAGAUUUAGAGGGAUCAACUCCCCUGCCUUCCAUUUCUGAGCGCCUAAACUUCAUCUGCUCAUCUAACGAAUUAUUAGAAUAUUACCGAAGAAAGAUACUUGAGUUUGAUGAACAAAAUGAAGAACUAUUGAGAAAACUGGAAAAAUAUACCCACAUAUAUAAAAACCAGCAUAAACUGGAGUUAGAAAUCCAGCAGAGGGAGGAAGAGAUUGCUGAAUUACAGAAAGCCCUAAGUGACAUGCAGAUCUACCUCUUCCAGGAGCGUGAACAUGUGUUACGCCUCUACUCAGAAAAUGACCGAUUAAAAAUCAAGGAGCUAGAAGACAGAAAAAAAAUUCAACAUCUCUUGACCUUAGUGGGAACACAUUCUAGAGAAGUAACAUAUUUUCAUAAGGAGCCUCUACACAAAGUCACUAUUCCUCAAAAGGCUGUUUAUUUCAAGCAGCCACAUGAAGCAGAUACCAGUACUAAAAGAAACUUAGGAAGAUCAAUAAAAGAAACACAAGAAAGUCCUGAGAAAUACCAAAGAGACAAUCAGACACUUGUGCUACAGGUGGAAGCACUGCAAGCUCAACUUGAAGAGCAGACCAAACAUGCCAGAAACCAGGUCGAAGGGCUUUUAGAAGACCGACGCAUCUAUAUGGAAGAAGCACAGGUUCAGCAUGAGAGAAACCAGGAGAGGAUCAGAGUGCUGACACACAAUCUUCAACAAACCCAGGAGUUUCUCUACGAGAGCACCAAGGACUUCUUGCAUCUCAAAUUUGAAAAUCAAGACAGAGAGAAGGAAUGGGUGGCUGAAAAAGACCAUUUACUUUGGAAAUUGAGCCAAUACCAAAAACAGCAAGAGAAAGUACUACAGUCCGAUGAGGACAAGCGUCAGCAACGGGUAGUCAGCAGUCUCCUACCAGCUGUACAAGACUUUCAACAGGAGCAAGAUAUGCAUAUUCAGUCCUUAAAAGAGAAGUUGUUGCAAGAACAAAAGUUAUCCUGCAUGUAUCGAGAGCAAUGUGUUGCUCUGGAGGAGGAGCUAGCCCGAAUUCGAGAAGAAGAUGAUAUGAGGCGAAAGAUCUUCAAGGACCGUUCUAAUAAGAUGGGGAAACGUUUGCAAGAGAUGGUGCGUCAGUAUGACACCCUGCAGAAUCGGCGGCGGCUAGAAGUGGAAGGUUUUCAAAGCGACAUCAAGACCCUCCGUGGGAAACUGAGGGAAGUCGAGCAAAUGCUUUAUAAGGCAUCUCUCAGUAUUCGACCAGAUCAAGAUCUUUCCAUACUUAAAGAGGUUCGUAAGAGCAACAAACAGACUGUUAAGAUCCAAGGAGAACUGAAGGACCUCAAGGCCAAAUUAUAUCGUUUAGAGAAUGAACUUAGGAUAUGUUAACAUUUUUUUAUAUAUGGGGACUUGAGGCCUGUAAUACCUUCAGAUCUGAGAACGAGGUUGUCAGCUACCAAAGGAAGGGUUUCAAUAAAAGGCCUGCUAGGUCAUAGGCUUCUUAUGGCUACAUGAAGGAUCAGGGACCCACUGCAAAGCUUAGUCUUAAAUUUAUGGACCUGAUGAACUAUACAGGUAUAGGUAUUUCCCAGCACCAGUUUUUUUCCUGAGCCAGUUUGUAACCUGAAAAAGUUUCCUGAAGUUUUUUUCAUAUGGUUAUCACCAUUCAUAUUGAAAGCUUUGGGUUAAAAGGGUUUAUGGAGUUAAGAGUACUAACGUGGCUUAAUGAUUAGAGAAGUAAUUUUUUCUUUCUCUGGGAGCUGGGGAGAAAAGGCAGUAGAUUCCAAAAUUUCAAAGGUGGGUAGUUAUUGCUGUUCAUCUUUUGCCUUUAGUAGUGGGGAAAAGAUUUCAAAUUUUCAAGGUCUUCUUGUAAUGCUCAUUCUUGUGACAUGUAAACGGAAGGUAUAAUUUAGAGUCCUUGAGCAAAUAUCAGAAAAGGUUUUGUAUUGAUUUUUUUUUUUUUGAAAGACUGUAUGCUGCACUAUUUCACUGUGUAAUUAGGUCUCAUCCUACCAAUCAUGUUUCCCUGAUUUACAUAUUUAAAGUUGGAAUUCUUUAAAAUAAAAAAUAAAAUUGAAGUA